CACCAUAAUGUCUUGGGGUGAUGUGCAGUGCCAUUUGACCUCCAAACAUGGCGAUGGCACAGACGGGCUUUGGGCGAAGAUACUUCAAAGCUUUUGUUAGUGGCUUCUUUGUAGCCGUCCCUGUGACUGUGACUGUUUUAGACCGUCUUGCCUAUGUGGCACGCGUGGAAGGUGCCUCGAUGCAGCCGUCUUUAAACCCAGAUGGAGAGUCGUCACCUGAUGUUGUGCUGCUCAACCGCUGGAGUGUGAGGAACUACCAAGUACACCGAGGGGACAUUGUGUCAGUUCUGAGCCCGAAGGACCCUCAGCAGAAGAUCAUCAAACGGGUCAUUGGGAUCGAGGGGGACUUCAUCAAAACGCUGGGAUAUAAAAACCGUUAUGUAAGAGUUCCAGAUGGACAUCUGUGGAUCGAGGGGGACCAUCACGGACACAGUUUCGACAGCAACACAUUUGGACCGGUGACCGAUGAAACUGUCUUUAAGGCUGCAGUUUCAAAGGAUCUUUUCUGGAAGUCACCACCGUAGGCAGAUUUCGCCACAAAUAGACUUGUUUAUAAAAAAUUCAACAAACACCGACAAAGAUUGCCGCUUUCUGGGGACUUUGUUAACAGCCUUGAUGCGCUCGAAUGCCCCUGCCUGUAAUGUAUAGAGAUUGAGGUAUUAUUGGUUCUUUGAAGAAGCUUCUUUGCUGAAUGGCUCCUCAGAUACAUUAUUAAACAUAGCAGUGAUUCUCUCUCUCAUCUCAACUCCGACUGUGACACGACUCGCAAUCAUUUGCAAUACGUCAAGAUCUGUUGUUCAGAUUCAUCCUUGAAAUGUUUUUAAAUGUUUGGAUUUGCUUACUUGGACUGAGAAAGAAAAAUAAAUCGUCUUGUCCAUUUAGUCACUGACUCAGCGCGAUUCUGUCGCGUUCGUUCAGUUUUGAUGAUUUUGCACCGGCUGAGGUUUUCGAGUGUUUGUCCUCAGGUGGAUUUUUAAUGAUGUUUCUUGUCAGAAAGCAAAUGAAUAUGUUUGUCACUGAACCAUAUACAUCCUAGGUCUCUUUUAUUAUUGUUUCACAUCCAUUACCCAAAACGCUUUUGGUUUUCCCCAGACACCAGGCCGGAAAACGCAAGAGAGGGGUGUGAGAUAUAUUUGGCAAAAAACCAUCAGGUCAUAUAUCACUAAGCAAAUAUUCUCGCUGGAUGUUUCAGGCAAUUGCUUUCACUUUUGUCAGUACAGACUGUGCGGUUACCUUGACUUGAUGUAUUAUGCUGCAAGAUGUGUGUGUUUACGUGCGUGUAUGGAGGGGGAAAAAAACAUGUCUUUUUGCUUAAUGUCUUUUUCGAGGCAACAUUUAAAUCUUUCUGAGAAUUUAGAUUGAUAUUUAAUGCUGCAAAGGCUUCUAAUGUUGUUGUUCGAAAUAUUUGGAUUCUGAAAUAAUGACAAGACUCCAGCAUUUCACAAAGCGCUGAUUGAAAGUCAGGUCACCAUAUCCUGACUCUCUGAGACCGUGUUUAUUUUGCCCACAAAACACUGCAAAAUGUCACACGGAUUCGACUCAGACAUCCAAUUUGUGGGCUUAAAGGGACAGUUCAGCCAAAAAUGAAAAUUCUGUCAUCAUUUAACUCAUUUAGUUCAGAACCUCUUCCGAACAUCAUUGUUACAAACCUGUAGGGCAAACAAAAUGUUGUUUUGGACCCCAUUGACUUUCAUUGUAUGGACAAAACCACUUUUUGGCUUAAAGUGUCUUAAAGACUGGAUUUAUUAUUUUUAACAAAACUAUUUUUUUUUAAAAUCAUUACUUGAAAUAAAUGUGUGUGUGUGUGUGUGUGUAUAAUUUAAUUGAAGUGCGUGUGCGUGUGUGUGUGUAUAU